AUGUCAGCCAACUCCGCUACCAGCUUGCUCUUUGCGCUGCUCUGUUUGAUCGCUUUGGAAAUCGAUGAGGGCCUUAAUAAGAAAAAUCCCGAUUUGAAGGCCACUUUACGGCUUGCUGUCACCUUCCUCGGUCAAGAUUUUAUAUUUUCUCCACCUAUAAAUCAUGAUUCGAUCACAGUUUGCCUUGUAUUAGCCGACUACAAACCAACAGCCCUGGCUACGACUCGAGCAGCCCUGCAUCGAGCAAUAAAAUCCGAACUUUUUGUCAAUUUAGCAUACAGAAUGGCUGAAAAAUUGGGUGAAGUGUCUGGAAAGUACGCAGCACUUGCCAAAGAGUUAGAUAUUGCAGACAACGUUCAAUUUGACGACCGUUUGUGCCAAACGAUACGGUAUCUACAGAUUGUGUAUUAUGAUAUCUUUCUGGAUGGUUACUUUGCAAAAUCACACCAGGCUCUACGACAAGUUCUUGCAAAAACAAAUCCAAUUGUUGAAGCGUACCAGAGUAUCUCAAAUCGUCGUCGGUGUUCCCCAAGAACUAUUUUUCAUAUAUUUUGGGCCACAUCGACCUGUAUCCUACUAAAAGCUUUAGCAGAUAUCAAAGAAUACUGGGUCAACCCCGGCAGUCUGUUUGCAUUCAUUGAGGAGACCGAGAAGAAAUGUCUUGAUGAAAUCAAAACUAGCAAGACUUUGUUAAAGGCAGCAUCAGGCCUUUUUGAAGCGGAAGAGGUAGUAGGUGUUCAAUGCCUGCUAGAGCUAAGAUUCAAUUCUAUCAUAGUUAGAGUAUGGGGACUUGGCCUGUUACAUGCUGCGGUGCUAAGAGCAAGGUCGCAAGAAGGCAUAAUAUCACGGGAACGCGAUAUAGGGAGUCAUGAAGCCAUUCACAUCAGUGCACAGGUCACACACAGCAAAGAAAAUGUAUUAGCAGAUGCAGCUGAACCCUUUGCGAUGGUUCUACGCUGGCUAGGAGCAAAGUAUCCUGAAAAGUUAGGAAGUCUUCUGAAUCUUUUCAUUGAGUGCACAAACUUGAAAAUGGGUGGCAUCUCUUUCCGCCCGCCGUUUCAACAUCUUGCUUUCGAGGUUCUCAUACAUUGCAAAAAUCUUCUUGAAAACAAUAUUGUUCAAUGGAGGUGUUUUGGACGGUUGAACGUGGAGUUUGAGAAGCAGCUUGAGCUCUUUACCAUUUGUGCACAGCGAUUUGACUCGAUGGUUUCUGGAGCUUGGACUUCCACAGAUACUGCCUUUUCUCACGGCUGUAUAUUUGCUGCAAAUAGCAAAUUGAUCACCGGGUUUUGUGUAUUGAUGAGAGAACUCAAAGAAAAAAGUCUCGAGAAAAAAGGAGAGGAAAGCGAAGGUACGCGUGAAGGACCAGUGGAAUCAGAAGUAUUCAAUACAUUUACGAAUCUGAGUGACCCAUAUAUUGGUGGAUCCAAUACAUCCACCGGGGCAUCAAACUUGUGGCCUUAUAUUGGAGAAUUUGACCCUCUUGCCAACCCGCAGGAGCUCUUUGGCUGGAUCGAAACUAUGAACACUAGUACUGAGCUUGGCACAGAAUGGUGUUUCCCAGAUUAG